GCCCUGAUUGGAAGGCUAAAGGAUUAAAUUUGGUUUGGCCAAAUUUUUUUUCAGUCAUGACUAAAGAUGAAUUUUAUAUUAUUUGAGAGUUUUAUUUGGCCUAGAUCCAUAACUGGAGAUGGCCUCGUAUGAUCAGUGGAGGAGCUGGAGAAUAACAAAACAAGAAACGGAAAUGGGUGUUUGAUUGAUGAUGAGAUAGGAGGAGACCCAAAUCCACGCAGAACCAGCGGAUCAGAAAGGCCCUGCCAGCCUGUCUUCCCCAAUAUCAUUCACGACUGACGCAAGCACGCACCCCAAGUGAAGUUGCCAACACACAAGUCACUAACAAUUGUGCACCACAAAAGACUCUUUUUCUCCCCUUGCACUGAGGAGAUGGAGAAAAUCAAGUAGCCCUGCUCCUGCUCCUGCGAUGGAUUUUCUUGCUCGCCUCACCUACAUUAUUAACGUUAAUUAAUUCAUGCUUCACUUACAUACCCUAUUGUCUCUACAAAUUUACACAUAUUCCUUGUCUUGCGUUGCUUUCCAAGAGAAAGCGAGACACACAGUAGAGAGAUAUAGAUGGCAGAAGAAUUUCCUAUGAUCGGUGGAGAUGGCCCAAACAGCUACGCCAAAAAUUCCAUUUCACAGAGAUUAGCAGCAGAUGGUGCAAAGGGAAUGUUAGUUGUAUCAAUAUUCGAAAACCUUGACAUUCAAACUCUGCCGUCUCGGCCUACUACUGCUUCAAGCACAAUAUUCCGGAUUGCUGAUUUAGGUUGCUCUGCUGGACCUAACACAUUCAUUCAAGUAAAAAACAUAAUUGAUGCCGUAUCUCAAAAAUACCACCAGUCUGCUGUUGAACUUCCAGAACUGCAAGUAUACUUCAGUGACCUUGUUUCAAAUGACUUCAAUUAUCUCUUUGCCACUCUCCCCCGAGAUAAGCAAUAUUUCGCGGCAGGAGUUCCAGGCUCUUUUCAUGGAAGACUCUUCCCUAAAGCCUCUCUUAAUUUUGUCUACUCGGCAUAUGCUCUGCAUUGGCUUUCGAAGCUGCCACAAGUGCUAAGCGAUGCCAACUCUCCUGCAUUUAACAAGGGUAGGAUUUUGUAUGGCAAUGCGCCUUAUGAAGUUGGCCAGGCAUAUUCAGCUCAGUAUGCCAAGGACAUUGAGUGUUUUUUCCAUGCUCGAGGACAAGAGCUUGCCCCUGGAGGCCUGAUGGUGCUUUUGAUUCCGGGGCGUCCCCAUGGCACGCUUCCGGCACAGGGUUCUCUUGCCCCAUUUUUUGCACCCUUGGAGUCUACUCUUGCUGAUAUGGUGAAUGACGGUUUAUUAAGUGAGGAUAAAUUUGACUCUUUCAACUUGCCCUUCUACUGCCCAUCUGUGGAGGAGUUGAGGACACUCAUAGAGGAAAAUGGUUGCUUUGAUAUCUUGAAAUUGGAGAUCGAAGCCGCUCAGACGCCUGCAUAUCCUAGUGUACAACAAUGUAGAGCUGGGAUGGAGGGCAUUCUCAAAAAACACUUCGGGGAUGAAAUUAUAGAAUUGCUUUUUGAUCGAUACUCGAAGAACAAAAAUAUUGCAGGAAGUGCUUCCCUUGUUGCUGAUGAUGGCCUGGCUGUUGGGUUCUUCGUUCUUGUCAAGCGCAAAUAUCUUUGAUUAGCAACCAGGUAAAACCUACUUUAUAAGUAAUUUUAUAGGAUGGAAGAACCAAUCAAAUAUCCUAAAUAAAGGUGAUGGCUUUGUUUAGCCUGCA